AUGGCUUAUGUGAUUGAUAUGGCUUAUGUGGUUGAUAUGGCUUAUGUGAUUGGUAUGGAUUAUGUGAUUGAUAUGGAUUAUAUGAUAGAUAUGGCUUAUGUGAUUGAUAUGGAUCGCUACAUCUGCUCACCUCUUACCUCCAUAGACCUCCGCUCAACUCUUCCCACUAGCGACCUCGAGUUCAUCUCACCUCACCGAGAGCUUUGCGAUUUAAUCGGACGUGGUGGCACUGAAUUUUCUGAUAACGCUGUCGGAGGUGGUGUUGGUGGUUACUUAGAUUCCGAUGAUGAUGAAGAUGACGGAUUCGAUGACGUGGAGAUUCCGUUGGAUCAUCCGAUGUCAGACUAUAACAUCACGAUCAAGGCGCUUCCAUCUGGUACAAUCAGCGAUCUGCAUGAAAUUGCAAAAAGGAUGGUCAUUGCCGGCUACAGAAAAGAAUGCUCGCUUGUUUACAGCACCUGCCGGAGGGAGUUUUUGAAAGAAAGCCUAUCGAGAUUAGGUUUUUUAGGGUUACAGAAUUCGACGAGCGAUGCCUUUGCGAAUGAUAUACUCAAAUCUUCAGAUGCAGCCGUUGAGGUGCUAGAAGCUUCAAAUGCUACUGAGAAAUACACUGGUGCUAAAUCAGAGAAUCGCGUGAUUCUUGAUGAUGAUGAAGUUGGAGGUCUUAACUUAAAUCUUGGAGGCCAAGUGUACCCUAUAAUAGAAGACGAUUUGGAAAUAUGGGAAGGGAAGAGUGGCAGAAGACGAUUUUGGGAUGAAAUAUGGGGAUCCCAGUUCGUUUACCCCAAUUAUAAAAGGCGAUUUCUCGUAAAAGUUCUACGAAAAUCCAUACUCGCAACUCAGACAACUGGAGGACAUGUUGUUGCUGUUACUGGAGAUGGAACAAAUGAUGCCCCUACUCUACAUGAGGUUCGUAAAUAUCUAAAUUUCUCAAUUGUUCAGGAUUCAAACAUUGAGGUGGAAUCUGGUGAAUGGAUGUAUUUUCCAGCUCUUAAUGUUGGUGUAGAUAAACCUUCUACACUGUCGUUCUGGAUGGAUGGGCAAACUAGUAAUUUACUGUUGCGAUUAUGA